ACGAAAUUUCAGAUAAUGUUCUACUUACACUUUUUUAUUUAAACUCUACUAGUCGAAAGAAAUAGUAAGCUUGAUUAGCCCUCCUUUAAAUAUUUCUAAGGUUAAUGCUUUAAAUGCCACAAGUUUUCUAAAAUUUUGGAAGGAGGAGAUCCACUUCUUUUACUUGGCCAAAUACAUUCCGGGGUGAUAGAAAAUUCAUCAGAGGUUUCUAUACAAGACGUCACACUAGUGAGCUUCUGAGAACCCUUGACGCAGCUGAGGAGAGUCUUGUAAUGAGCUUACCAACUGAAGAAGCCCUAUCGACGAGAUCCACGGCAAAUGUGGCAAAGGAAAAACUGGCAAACAGUUGGAGACGAUCGUUUCGACCGCUACAACGCGGCAGGACACGGGGAAAAAGCACGGGAAAGGUUGAACCCACACGGGAAAACUCGCCAACCGUAUCGUGAUUCGUUAAACUUGUCUCGUGAUCGACGGAAAACUGAUUUAUCGCGAUGAAAUCCAUAUAAAAGCGAUGAAGAAACGAGGCAAUCAUGACAGCAAGGCUGGAAAGAAUCGACAAAACGAUGGAAACGUUACAAACGAUAAGAAGAAUGAUAAGAAGAACGACAAGAAGAAAGUUGUUUUAAACGAUGACGCUCAGAAUGAAGGUUUCGGCGAAUGGCUACGAUCCAGCGACGGUAUUGAAAUGAUGCGACUCUUCGUCAUAGCCAAUUCGAUUUUGAUCUUCGUGACAAUGGGAUUUCCAAAGAUGCAAGAAGCUUUCGUUAUAUUCAAAGAGUACUUCUACGGUGAAGGAUAAGUGCAAUUUAUCGAUAGAAAUUCUAAAGAAGAA